AGGUUGGAUGCAUACUAUGGCUUCUGUGGUUGACAAAGAUUGGUGCUAUUGGCGGUACACAGAAGCAAUGAGGAUGAGAGGAAAGCUGCUGCUUUGAAAGAGGAAGAAAAUGAGUUGGAGGAACUGGGGUACCUUCGUUGAGCUGGGAGGGGUCUCAAAAUUGGGAUUCAUUUCUGAGCAGCUGCUGGUAUGUCAGAGGCUUGGAAUUGGCCUGGUAAAUCUAAAACUGUCUCAGCAGUGGUUAGCUGACCUCACCCAAGUUCCAAGCCCUACUCUGCCUGAUCAUUUUUUCUUGAGCCCCAGAGCUAAAAUGCUCCUGAGCGCUCUCCUAUUGGUUGAGAAGACCAGUUGAAGUUCCCUUGCCCAUGUUAGGAGGUGUACGCCUCCUGAACUAAAGAUAGAAACAGCUGGCCCUUGCAGACAGCUAAAAGCCUCCAGACUAAGAGGUGUUCCCCACUCGGCAGCCAGACUCCUUGAAAUACCCUUUCAGUAAUUCUACCAACGUCCUCCAUGUCUCUACUCUGCCAUAACAAAGGCUGUGGGCAGCACUUUGACCCCAAUGCCAACCUUCCCGGUGAGUGAGUAAUUCUGAUUUUGCCAGGGGGCUCUUGUGAGUGCUGGGGGAGUGGUCAGCUGUGGGCAGUCUGUUAAAGGAGCAGAGAAAUUUAGUGUAUCUGACCUAAUUUAAUUGGUCUGGGUGGUCUUCAAUCUUAUUUUUACGUUCUAAAGAAAAACCAUGAGCAUAUAAAUCUGUGGAAGACGUAAGAGAAGUGAUACUUGGUAUAGUUGCCUUUCCUUGAUCCUUCUGCUGGUAUCCACAGAUUCCUGUUGCCAUCACCCUGGGGUCCCAAUCUUCCAUGAUGCACUGAAGGGUUGGUCCUGCUGCCGGAAGCGAACUGUAGAUUUCUCUGAGUUCUUAAACAUCAAGGUAAAUUAUUUACUUCCUUGGAUUCUGUCCCUAAUAGAAGGAUUCUAUCCCUAAACCUUCUUUCCUUAUCUGUACUAGGGCUGUACUGUGGGACCACACUGUGCUGAGAAGCUCCCUGAGGCUCCUCAACCUGAGGUGCCUGCCACAAGCAGUUCACUUCAGGAGCAAAAACCUCUGAAUACGAUUCCAAAGUCAGCAGAGACUUUGCGUCGGGAGAGGCCCAAGUAAAGAGGAGGAAGUCCCUGGGUUUUUCCUACAUUCAUGGAGCUUCCUAGAAGUCAGAGUUGCCUCCAAAGCUGCUUCCACUAAAUAUAUCCCAAGCCCUGGAAAUGGCAUUGGAACAGAAGGAAUUAGACCAGGAACCUGGAGCAGGACUUGACAGUAGUCUGAUCCGGACUGGUUCCAGCUGCCAGAAUCCAGGAUGUGAUGCUGUUUACCAAGGCCCUGAGAGUGAUGCUACUCCAUGUACCUACCACCCAGGAGCACCUCGAUUCCAUGAGGGGAUGAAGUCUUGGAGCUGUUGUGGCAUCCAGACCCUGGAUUUUGGGGCAUUCCUGGCACAGCCAGGAUGCAGAGUUGGUAGGCAUGACUGGGGGAAGCAGCUGCCAGCGUCUUGCCGUCAUGAUUGGCACCAGACAGAUUCCUUAGUAGUGGUGACUGUAUAUGGCCAGAUUCCACUUCCUGCGUUCAACUGGGUGAAGGCCAGUCAAACUGAGCUCCAUAUCCACAUUGUCUUUGAUGGUAACCGUGUGUUCCAGGCACAGAUGAAGCUCUGGGGGGUCAUAAACGUGGAGCAGAGCUCUGUCUCCUUGAUGCCAUCUCGGGUUGAAAUCUCCUUGGUCAAGGCUGACCCAGGAUCCUGGGCCCAGCUGGAGCACCCUGAUGCACUAGCUGAGAAGGCUAAGGCAGGGGUUGGGUUAGAGAUGGAUGAGGAAGAAUCUGAGGAUUCAGAUGAUGAUCUGAGCUGGACAGAGGAGGAGGAAGAGGAGGAAGCAAUGGGGGAAUAGUGACACCAGUCAAGUAUCUAGAUAGGACCUCAGUGGUUCCCUUAGAAUCUCAGAGACCAGGAUAUGGUUGGCCAUGUGGUGUCAUUGAGCAGCAGCAGGCUGAAGGAGGGGAGAACAAAAGUGUCCAAACCAUGCUGUUUUUUUCCCUGAAAUAAAUCUUGUAUUCUGCAGUUUCACAUAGUGUCGUUCUCUCACCUCACUAUCUGUAAGAUUGUCUUCAUUCCCCCCAGCUUCUGUGUGUCUUUAACACACGUGUGUGAAAACAAGCACAUGUACAUUCAAUCUGUUCUUUACAAUCACCAGGUAAUCUACUGAGUACUUAUUGUGUGCCCAGUUGUGUGUUAGGUGGUUUAGAGCUAUCUUUUUUUUUUUUUUAAUAUUCAGGAAGAGCCAUAACACUUUAUUUUUUUUUACUUUUUAUUUUUAUUUAUUUUUUUCCCCAGUGAUUCAUCAGUCAGUUUAGAGCUAUCUGAGAAACAGAAGACUUAUUUAUUCCUCUCAGGAAAAUUGUAGUCUGGCUGACAGACUAAUCUACAUUAAAUAAUAAUAAACAUUAUCAGGUAGCUUAACUGAGUGUUAAAUUGUACAGUACAGUUAUUAAGAGCUAUAGGAGUUGAGAGAGAGUGGAGUGAUUAAUGUGGACUAUAGUAGAAAGGGAAAGCUCCAUGGAAGAACAUUUUUUAACAGCUUUGUUGGGAUACAAUUCACAUA